AUGGCCUCUGCUGUAUAUUUUUGUGAUGACAAGGGGAAACCUCUACUUUCGAGACGGUAUAAAGAUGACGUGCCGUUGUCCGCAAUCGACAAGUUUUCCACGCUACUGACGGACUUGGAAGAUGAAUCUGCAGUUAUACCACCGUGCAUAAACCAUAACGGCAUUGAAUAUUUAUUUAUUCAGCAUAAUGACCUGUACGUGGUUGCUCUUGCAACGUCUUUAACCGUUAAUAUAGCGGAGGUCUUUGCGUUUUUGCAUAAGCUGAUGGGCGUACUCGGAGAAUACUUGAAGACGGUAGAGGAGGAGUCAAUUCGGGACAACUUCGUUAUCAUAUACGAGCUCAUGGACGAAAUGAUGGACUAUGGUAUCCCGCAGAUUACAGAACCUAGAAUGUUGAAAAAGUAUAUCACUCAGAAAUCGUUCAAAUUGGAGAAGGCGCACAAGAAGAAGAGGAAUGCUGCGAGACCGCCUUCUGAACUGAACAAUUCGGUCAGUUGGAGGGCAGAGGGCAUUAAAUACAAGAAAAACGAGGCCUUUUUAGACAUAGUAGAGUCAAUCAACAUGCUGAUAACGCAAAAGGGACAAGUGUUGAGGUCCGAAAUAAUUGGUGCAGUGAAAAUCAAAUCGAGACUCUCUGGUAUGCCAGAUCUGAAAUUGGGGAUAAAUGAUAGAGGUAUCUUCACCAAAUACCUGGAAGGUAACAACAUCGGGGUUAACAUACCAGAUCCACAAGAGCAUGGCAGCGGCGUUGCUGAGAGUUCCAUCACAAACGAUGGGAAAAAGCGCAAGACCAACAUAGAAUUGGAGGAUCUUAAAUUCCAUCAAUGUGUCAGGUUGAGCAAGUUUGAAAACGAAAAGAUCAUCACGUUUAUCCCACCAGAUGGGGAAUUCGACUUGAUGAAUUACAGAUUGACUACAUCGAUAAAACCGUUGAUUUGGUGCGACGUGAGCAUUCAGGUUCAUUCCAAAUCUCGGAUAGAGAUACGUUGUAGAGCAAAGGCUCAGAUCAAGAAGAAAUCGGUGGCGGCCAACGUCCAAAUACUGAUCCCCGUACCCGAUGAUGCCGAUACACCCAGUUUCAAAUAUUCACAUGGGUCCAUCAAGUACGUCCCCGAGCAAAGUGCGAUACUGUGGAAGAUCAAGAGCUUCCCAGGUGGGAAAGAGUAUGCGAUGUUUGCGGAAAUGGGUUUGCCCUCGAUGGACAGUUACGAGGAACCCAAAGUGAAAAGGCCUGUUCAAGUCAAAUUCGAGAUCCCAUAUUUUACCACAUCUGGGAUUCAAGUCCGCUAUCUAAAGAUUAACGAACCGAAACUACAAUACAAAAGCUACCCAUGGGUACGGUACAUUACCCAAAGUGGAGACGACUACACUAUUAGGGUGAAUUAA